UUCUCCAUCUGUAAUGUAUGUUUCUGCAAAAACAAGUGACAAUAAAAACUUUUUCAUGGAUCUGAGAAUUUCCCCAAAUUUAUAUUUCUGAGAAGCCAUUUUUUAAAAUUUCCUGUAGUUUUCUCUUAAAUUUGUGUUCUUUAAGCUCUCUCGUGCUCAAAUCUAAGGUUUCCCUUUGGUUUGAUUUCGUGCUUUUGUCCUCCAUUUCUGAUUCGAUUUCACCUUGAUCUCAUCUUUUUGUUUUGUAAAUUGAAAAAAGUUUCUGUUGAUUCUCUUAGCGGAUUUGAUCUGUGUUUCUCUGUUUUGCCGUAGAUUUAGGUUUCUGAUUUAAUGAAUUUGUUGGUCUCCUCCAUAAUCCUCUUAUCUGCGAUAGCUGGAUCAUGCUUACCUUGUGGGUUCGCUUACGUUGACGUUUGCAAUCACGAUUUCGAGGUGUUUCGAUGCGAGAUCGAGCAAAUAUGUCCUCGUUCUCUCUAUCCGAGUCCUCCUUUCGAGGUAGAUGGAGACUUGCUAGACAAACUCAUGGAUACAAACCAUGGAAAUGCUUAUACAUCCAUACUAUUUUAUGCCUCAUGGUGUCCGUUUUCACGUGCAGUACGCCCAAAGUUUGAUGUUCUGAGUUCAAUGUCUCCUCACAUAAAGCACUUGAUUGUUGAGCAAUCUCAGGCUUUACCAUCUGUCUUUUCUAGGUAUGGUAUCCAUAGCUUGCCUUCAAUCCUGAUGGUGAAUCAAACAAUGAAGAUGCGAUACCAUGGUCAAAAGGAUCUUGCAUCCCUGAUUCAGUUUUACAAGGAAACAACAGGUCUUAAACCUGUCCAGUAUGUGGAUGAAGGUGAACCAACAAGCUUGGACAUUGAUGGUAACCUGAUCACGUGGCUACACAACGGGUCAUCUAUCAGAGAAGUAGCAGAAAGAGAGCCAUAUAUGGUACUUGCACUGAUGUUUCUGUCUUUGAAACUGGCAAUUUUGAUCUUCCCCAUUAUGGGAUCACGCUUGAAAACGUUAUGGGCAUUGUAUGUUCCGCAUCUGAGCUUGGCUAUACUCGGUGAGACAAGCCAACUGUUUGGCCGUGCCCUACACAUGAUCGAUGUGAGGAGACUAUGGAUGAAACUGAGACUCACCAAAACAAGGAACUUCCAAGAAAGAGCAAAGAACGCACUUGCAUCGGUCUCGCUAGGAAAAUCUUCAUCACAAUCAGCCUAAAAGGGUGAUUCAGAAAUACUUCACACUGUCGAUGAGCUUAGUUUAGAUUACUUUACUGUCUUGUGAGAGAUCCUUUGACUGACAUGUUUCUAUAACUUUGGAGUUCCUCUGUCUGUCUCUGUAUGUAAAUCCUGUUUUUGCUUCUUUUGUGAAUAUUUUUCUUCCUUUUGAAUAUUCUUCUUCUUGGUCCCCUUCCUUGUGCUUACGUUUUGUCUAUAUUGAUUAUGGUUGGUUUGGUUUAA